AGAGCCGCCUCACACUGUAUCCGCAACCCGUUCCACAACCCAUUUUCCCUUUCAUUCCGGUUCACCUUCUCCAUCACCGGCAGACGGCGGUAAGUGGAGAACGAAGAUGACGGAAGUCGCGAGCAACGUUGUACACGAAAUCCUAGGCAGACGAGCUCAAGAUGUAGAUCAGCCUAUUAUCGACUAUAUUAUCAAUGUCGUCGCCGAUGAAGAUUUCGAUUUUGGGCACGACGGUGAAGGUGCUUUUGAAGCCCUUGGAGAGCUACUCGUCGAUUCCGGUUGUGUUACUGACUUCUCCGAAUGUCGUGCGGUUUGUAGCAAGUUGUCUGAGAAGUUAGAGAAGCAAGAAUUGGCUAAACCCCAACCGACGGUGAGAAGCUUAAAAAUGCCACUGAGAAUGUUUGAUGGAAUGGAUGAAGAGGAAGCUCCAAAGAAUAAAAAGCCAGAACCAGUUGAUGGUCCUUUGCUCACAGAACGUGACAAGAUUAAGAUUGAAAGAAGGAAGAGGAAAGAGGAACGCCUGAGAGAGGCAGAAUACCAAGAACACUUGAAAGAAGUGGAGGAAGUGAAAGCUGGUAUGCCUUUAGUGUGUGUGAGUCAUGAUGGUCAAGGUGAUGGACCAACUGUUAAGGAUAUCCGUAUGGAAAACUUCAAUAUAUCUGUCGGUGGUCGUGAACUUAUUGUCGAUGGUUCUGUCACACUUUCUUUUGGAAGACACUACGGUCUUAUUGGAAGAAACGGUACAGGGAAAACAACUCUCCUAAGGCAUAUGGCUAUGCACGCUAUCGAUGGUAUUCCCAGGAACUGCCAGAUAUUGCAUGUUGAGCAAGAAGUGGUUGGUGAUAAUACCUCAGUUUUGCAAUGUAUUCUUAACACUGAUAUGGAGAGAACCCAACUUCUGGAAGAAGAGGCUCAUCUGCUUGAAUUACAGAGAGUGACUGACUUAGAAGGUGAAGCUGCAAAGAGUGAUAAGUUGAAUGGGGGGAUCGACAAAAAUUCCCAAGCAAAAAGGCUUGAAGAGAUAUACAAAAGACUUGAUUUCAUUGAUGCUUACUCGGCUGAGUCACGUGCAGCAACUAUACUAUCGGGUUUGAGUUUCUCUCCAGAAAUGCAAAAGAGAGCGACUAAAACAUUUUCUGGAGGAUGGAGAAUGAGAAUAGCUCUUGCUCGGGCAUUAUUCAUUGAACCUGAUCUAUUGUUGCUUGAUGAACCCACGAAUCAUCUUGAUCUGCAUGCUGUCUUAUGGCUGGAAACUUACCUGGUGAAGUGGCCGAAGACAUUUAUAGUUGUCUCUCAUGCUAGAGAGUUCUUGAAUUCUGUAGUCACAGAUAUCAUCCAUCUACAAAAUCAGAAAUUGAGCACCUUUAAAGGAGACUAUGAUACAUUUGAAAGAACACGAGAAGAACAAGUUAAGAAUCAACAGAAGGCAUUCGAGGCAAAUGAACGCACAAGGGCGCACAUGCAGGUCUUUAUUGAUAAGUUCAGGUACAAUGCAAAGCGUGCAUCUCUUGUUCAAUCUAGAAUUAAGGCACUGGAACGUAUUGGUCGCGUGGAUGAAGUCAUCAAUGAUCCUGACUACAAGUUUGAGUUCCCUUCUCCUGAUGAUAGACCUGGCGCUCCUAUUAUAAGCUUCAGUGACGCAUCCUUUGGAUAUCCUGGGGGACCAAUAUUGUUCAAAAAUUUGAAUUUUGGAAUAGAUUUGGAUAGCAGAGUAGCAAUGGUUGGUCCUAAUGGUAUUGGAAAGUCAACAAUACUUAAGCUUAUUUCUGGGGAUCUUCAACCAACCUCAGGGACUGUUUUCCGCUCUGCUAAGGUCCGCAUUGCUGUAUUUAGUCAGCAUCAUGUUGAUGGGCUGGAUCUGUCCUCAAAUCCCCUCUUAUACAUGAUGCGUUGCUUUCCAGGAGUGCCUGAACAAAAAUUACGUGGUCAUCUAGGUUCAUUUGGUAUCACUGGAAAUCUUGCUCUUCAGCCCAUGUACACUUUGUCUGGUGGCCAAAAAAGCAGAGUUGCAUUUGCAAAGAUAACUUUCAAGAAACCUCACAUAUUGCUUCUUGAUGAGCCAUCAAAUCACUUGGAUCUUGACGCUGUGGAGGCCUUGAUACAAGGUCUUGUCUUGUUCCAAGGAGGCGUCCUGAUGGUCAGUCACGAUGAGCAUUUAACAUCUGGUAGUGUUGAUCAACUCUGGGCUGUCUCUGAGGGCAGGGUGAUGCCUUUCGACGGGACAUUCCAAGAUUACAAGAAAAUACUGCAAUCAUAAACGGUUCUAACAAAGGCUGCUGCUUUCUGAAGUGAACGAAGUAUUAUUAGUUUACCUAUGGCCUAAACCCCUACUUUAUAUGCAGAGACCACAUUUAAAAUUUCGAACGACCAAUGUCCUAAAAAAAAUAGUGUUUUUAUGCUACUACUUAUUUCUAUUUACACUGUCCAAAUU